CAGAAAAAUGGUUUUAUGACGAGUCACUCUCCUGCUGCUAAAAAGGGUCAGAGGUCAUUACCCUGGACGUUUGAAGGAAUCAUUUCUUUUUCUGAUUUCUCUCGACAGGACUUCCACCUGAACAUGGUGAUGAUGGAGGAGGGUGCGGGGGCAGAGCCUUCACCGGCCGGCGCCAGACCAAAGAAGAAGAGCAGGAAGACCUACGACCUGACGGCGGCCGACAGGUUCUGGCAGAAGCACAAGGGCAGUCCCUUCCCUGAGGUGGCCGAGUCGGUUCAGGAGGAGCUGGACACGUACAGAGCUCAGGAGGACGAGGUCAAACGCCUGAAGAGCAUCAUGGGUUUGGAGGGGGAGGAUGAAGGAGCCAUCAGCAUGUCAGACAACAGAGCCAAGCUCACGUCUGCCGUCAGCUCUCUGCCUGAGCUGCUUGAGAAGAAGCGGCUGAUCGACCUGCACACCAAUGUUGCCACGGCCGUCCUCGACCACAUCAAGAGUCGAAAAUUAGACGUUUACUUUGAGUAUGAAGAGAAACUGAUGAGCAAGGCGACUUUAGACAAAUCGCUGCUCGAUAUCAUCAGUGACCCAGACGCCGGGACGCCAGAAGACAAAAUGAGACUGUUCCUCAUCUACUACAUCAGCGCUCAGCAGGCUCCUUCAGAGGUGUGUUGGUCUGGACCGAGGUGGAUUCAGUUCAGGACCCCGUCGGGAGAUGAUCAAAUCAUCUGUUCUCAGGCUGAGUUCAUUCCCUGGUUUCACUUCAUAUUUCAUAUUUGUAAAAAAAAAAAAUCUACUUAGAGAUUUAAAUCUCUC